CGCGCGGGGCGGCCGGGCCGGGAGCGAGCGGGGCCGGCCAGCCCUGCCUGCUUUAUAUAAUAUUUUUCAUCGCUUGGAUGCUUCGUUAUGAGUCACUAAUUGGAGCAGGAGCUGAAUUAAUCCCUUGUAGCAGCAGUUUUGGGGCUGGGGACACGGCCCAGGUGUGCAGGAGGAGCAGGCUGCUCCUCUCCCCGUGCAGCCCCAUGCCUGCCCUGUGACCGCCCCCAGAGGCUCCCUGAGUGCUGGGCAGCAUGAGGAUCGUGGUGGCCAAGGUGCUGUGCCUGCUGGGGAUCUGUGUGCUGCUGCUGGCCGGGGCCCUGCUGCCCGUCAGGCUCAUCGAGGCCGACUACGAGAAGGCGCAGCGCUCGCGCCGGGCCCUGGCGCUCUGGAACGCCUUCGGCGGCGGCGUCUUCCUGGCCACCUGCUUCAACGCCCUGCUGCCUGCUGUCAGGGGGAAGCUGGACGAGAUCCUCAGGCAGAACAACAUCACCACGGACUACCCUGUGGCCGAGACCAUCAUGAUGGUCGGCUUCUUCCUCUCGGUCUUCGUGGACCAGCUCUUCCUGACCUUGCAGAAGGAGAAACCCUCCUUCAUCGACCUGGAGACCUUCAACGCCGGCUCUGACGCGGGCAGCGACUCCGAGUACGAGAGUCCCUUCAUGGGCUCGGCGCGGGGGCGGGACCACGGCCCCCACUCGCACCUGAACCUGCCCGAGCUGGCGCGCUGCGGCCCCCGCCGCCUGCUGGGGCUGGUCUUCGCCCUCUGCACCCACUCCAUCUUCGAGGGGCUGGCCCUGGGCUUGCAGGAGGACGGCAGCAGAGUGGUCAGUCUGUUCCUGGGAGUGGCCGUGCACGAGACGCUGGUGGCCGUGGCGCUGGGGAUCAGCAUGGCCAAGGCGUCGCUGCCGCUCAGGGACGCGGCCAAGCUGGCGGUGGCCGUGUGCUUGAUGAUCCCGCUGGGGAUCGGCAUCGGGAUGGGCAUCGAGAGCAGCAGGAGCGCCGCGGGCAGCGUGGCCUCCCUGCUGCUGCAGGGCGUGGCCGGCGGCACCUUCCUCUUCAUCACCUUCUUCGAGAUCCUGGCCAAGGAGCUGGAGGAUAAAAGCCACCGGCUGCUCAAGGUGCUGUGCUUGGUGCUGGGCUACGCCGCGCUGGCCGGGCUGGUGCUCAUCCCGUGGUGAGCCUCGGCAUGCAAAGGGAGCAAAACUUGGGCUCUCCCCUCCCACCGGCACCGGGAGGAGCCGCCCCUUUCAGCGCUGGAACGGCCCAGCCCGGGCGGUGUUUCCAUGAUGAGCUCGAGGAGGAGGAGGAGGAGGGGAAUCUCUUCCGUGUGCUCAGAGUGAGGAAUCUCCCCGGGGAUCGGCCCUGCCCCAGGGCCUGCAGGGAUUAGCGGACACAAACAUUCAGGAUCCGGGUAAAAUCUGCUUCCAAGA